GCAAAGUCGUCCACGUGAGCUUAAGGACAUCCAAAGUAUGGACCAAUCGUUACGAACUGUUGCAACGCAGCUUUUGAACUCUACAAAACGUGAAGAUUUAUUUCCAAUGCCUGAAGAAAAAAUUGUUACAAUGGAAACUCCAAUGCAAGUUGUUCAAGUCUCAACAAAAAUUGAAGGCGUUGUAAAUAAUGAUAAAAACAAUGAAGAAGAUGAUUCGACUAAAAUGAAGUUCGGCAUUCCAAUGAAUUCGAAAUUUGGACAUUUUGAAAUUUCCAAUCCUGGUCAUGCUAUUGCCAUGACUGACGAAGAGAUUGAAAAAGAAAUGGCGACUGCUGUAACUGCAGAUAAAAAACAGUUAACUACGCCAAGCCUACUUUCUACUUGGAUACAAUUGUAUCCGGUUUCUUCGACAACUGAAAACAGUAAUUUGUCGGAAACGAAAACCAAUGACCAGAGCAAUCCGAUAGUAUCAAAAACUAGUACAAAACUACCUGCAAGUGUUGUAAAACAAACUAUUACUAGUACUAAGCCAAUUCGAAAGACUGAGCCCAAGUCAACUACUGUAAAAACUACUGAAUUUCCCGUUAUUACUAAAGUUAUGAAGAAUACAAGUACUAGUUCCUCUACGAAUUUCGUGAAAAUAGGCACUACCACACUGACCACAUCGUUUGACAAUGAUAUCGAUGAAACUGAGACCACUGAUAAAAAGAACACUCAGCCUACACCUGUUUCGACAACGGCGAAAUCGUCAACGAAAAAAUCUUUAAACAAAAGUAGUACCACACCAAAGCUAAAACUGUCAACGCCGAAGAACUCAACCAUAAAUAAGUCACCAAAACCUAAUAACUCAUCAAAUAGAAUGAAAAACUUUUCGACUAAACGGCCAGCUUUGAGUAAUGAUACCGUUACAAGCACGUCGAGGAUUGAAAAAGUUACUCUUAGACCACUUUCAACAGCGUCGCAAAAUCAUACUGAAAGCACUGAUAAGCCAAUGUUUAUAACGAAAAUCAGAGCUUCCCUGUUUGAUGUUCAGAAAUCAACUACCCCGACUUCAACAACAUCUAAAUCAAUCCACACUAUUCUGUCCAAAGCUAAUUUUUCUCAAUCGGAAUCCCCAAUCGUAAAAGUCCCUAACCCUACUCGAGUGAACAAUGUUUUAAAAGUUCAUUCGAAAAAGCCCACUGAUGAUACAACGAAAAUUGAGAUUCAACCUAUACGUGUGAAUCCUCCUGUACUUACGAUUGAGAAAAUAAGUGAUCUUAAUUCUGACCAGAAAAUAGAUGAUGCUCAGGAUAUUUUGAAUAAUUCUAAAAUAGACGUUAAGUUUGAUUUUGACUCUGAGGUUUCCAAAGUCGAAAUCCAAACGCAACCAUCUGUAGAUUCCAAUACAUCCCCUGUAAUUACAUCGACUUCGAAAAAACCUCGUUCACCUGGAAAACGCAAGAAAAAUAAGAAUCGUCGUCGCAAGACAACUACUACAUCGACAACUACUUCAACAACCAAUGCACCGUCUGAUGAAGAAAGUCAAACAUCAAGUGAUUCUAUUACAAUUCAUGAUCUUCAAGUUAAUGGAAUUCAAGAAUCAAAAAUCGAGCCAGAGUCUAAAAUUUCACCAUCGAAGAAAAAAAAACCAAAUCAACAAACCCAAGUUGAAAAACCAAUAAGUUCUCAAAUUUAUAAUUUCAUAAGUCGAGAAGUGAUGCCAAGUGUAGGUGUUAUGUCAUUGGUGGGCCUAGGGCUUGGACUAGCUUCAUAUUUUCUGUAUCCAUUCGGUGGAGUAAUCGCUCGAAGGAAUUAUAACGUUGAGCCUAAUUACAAAUACAAUAUUGACGAGUACGGAGGAAAUUAUGGAUUGAGUGAAGAAGAAGUUCUGUCCAAAGUUUACUCAGGCAUGACAGGAGGUCAAAAUUAUGAGACAAAGUAUCGCAUUGGUGAAAAAAGUCCCAACUAUUACAGAUACACAGCAUCGGAACAUUCGCAUCAACCCUCGACAAGAUAUCCCGGACCGACCAUCAAAAACAAUGGAAAUCGGGUGAUUUAUAGACCAGUUGAAACAACCGCUCAUGGAACGAAUUAUCGAAAGACCGAGUUUAAAUAUCCGGAAGUAUCGACCACGUCAAAUUAUUACGAACGACAACGACAACAGCAGCCAACCGAUUUUGGACUGGUAGUUGGAAAAACAGGAGUUGGAAACAAUCGGCAAUUCGUCGUUGGUAAUAUACCAAAGGAGUAUUCGCGCGAAGUUGACAAAAGGAUGGAUAUAGUGAAGUUACAAGAUGAAGCAGAGCCAAAAUUGCAGUAUCAAGUUGAUGAAACUAAAGAUAAGAAACCAGAAUCACCUUCAUCGGAUUCAUCUAUCGAGAAUGUGGAAAGUUCAGCGGCUUUAGUUUCAAAAGCCAAAGAAGAGCAGUCCACUGGAGAUCUUGAGGAUGCAAAAAUCAACUCAAGUGGCUCACUUGUAGAACAUGGUCCGAGGUCACUAAAGUUGGAUGAUGAGUCCAAAGUGAGAUCAACGUUGUUCAGAGCGAUUCGGAAAAAGAGAGGUAUUCUUCCCGAUCUUCCUGGUUCUUUAAUGCCGAUGAUAACGGGAUUUGAGACUCCAGAAAAAGAAAGGAAUUCAGUUAUCCAAGUAAUACCAUCAAAAAGCGAGAUUGAGAAGGAAAAAAAAGAAGAAGCGCAAGAAGAGGAUCUGAGCAACGAAAUUUUAGAUAUAAUUGAUGAAGCGCUCCCAGGAAAACAACAUCAGAAAAAACAUGGAGACAAGGGCUACAUGACAGCUGCAAGUGACCAGCAUUCAAAACCGGCAUUGAUAACCACAACUGCAUCGACAAAGACUACUACUUCGAGUAGUCAAGAAACGAAAACCAAGGAAAAAUCAGCAGCUUUGUCCACUACAACAGUGAAAACAACGACCACCACGCUGCCUACAGAACUAGACAUCAUAGACCUAGGCGAGACGACUCUCGAUUGGCGCGAAAAUAUCAGUACAACCUCGAAACCUCAACCAAGUGGCAUAGACAUUAUCGGAAUGGCCAAGAGGAUCGCUGAGAUUAAAUUGAGGCUUGGCUUGACAAUUCUCAAGCACGCUAGUGAGGGAUUUGCCAAGUACAUAGGAAACAUUCAGAAAAAGUUUAAUGGGGAGACAUAA